AUGACUGCUUCUCAACUUCAUAUUGCAGUUCUUGCUUUUCCUUUUGGUAGCCAUGCAGUUCCUUUACUCACACUUGUCCAAAAAAUCUCUCCAUUUUUACCAUCAAACUCAAUUUUUUCCUUCUUCAACACAUCAAAUUCCAACACCUCAAUUUUCUCAAAAGCUCCAAACCAAGAAAACAUCAAGAUUUACAAUGUUUGGGAUGGUGUCAAACAAGGCAAUGACACCCCUAUUGGUUGUGAAGCCAUACAAGUCUUCAUACAAUCAACUCCAACUAAUUUCGAAAAAUCAAUGAAAGAGGCAGAGGAGGAAAUAGGUGUGAAGUUUUCUUGCAUUAUCAGUGAUGCAUUUUUAUGGUUUUGUUGUGACUUUGCUAAGAAAAUGAAUGUCCCUUGGAUUGCAUUUUGGACUGCUGGAUCAUGUUCUUUGUCUGUCCAUUUGUACACUGAUUUAAUUCGAUCGAACGAGGAAACAUUAUUAAAAAUUCCAGGAUUUUCAACAAAUUUAAGGAUCAGUGACAUGCCACAAGAAGUUGUAGCACAUAAUUUAGAGGGGGGAUUUCCAUCUUUGUUAUACAACAUGGCACUAAAUUUGCACAAAGCAGAUGGUGUUGUACUGAACUCUUUCGAGGAAUUGGAUCCAAAAAUCAACAAUGAUCUCAAAUCAAAGCUCCAAAAGGUACUAAAUAUUGGCCCUUUAGUCCUACAGUCAUCAAAGAAAGUUAUUUCAGAUGUUAAUUCUGAUGAAAGUGGAUGUAUCAAAUGGCUUGACAAGCAAAAUGAAAAAUCAGUUGUGUACUUAAGUUUUGGUACUGUCACAACAUUACCUCCUAAUGAAAUUGUGGCAAUAGCAGAAGCAUUAGAAGCCAAAAGGGUACCUUUUAUUUGGUCAUUAAAAGACAAUGGGGUCAAGAUUUUGCCUAAAGGUUUUCUUGAAAGGACAAAUGAAUUUGGGAAAAUAGUUUCUUGGGCACCCCAAUUGGAAAUCUUGGCACAUUCAUCUGUUGGUGUAUUUGUAACACAUUGUGGAUGGAACUCUAUUUUGGAAAGCAUAUCAUAUGGUGUGCCUAUGAUAUGUAGGCCUUCUUUUGGUGACCAAAAGUUGAAUAGUAGAAUGGUGGAGAAUGUUUGGCAAAUUGGUUUGCAAAUUGAAGGUGGGAAUUUCACUAAAAGUGGAACAAUUAGUGCAUUGGAUACUUUUUGCAAUGAGGAUAAAGGUAAGGUAUUAAGGCAAAAUGUUGAAGGGCUAAAAGAAAAAGCAUUAGAAGCUGUGAAACCAAAUGGGAGUUCAACAGAAAAUUUCAAGGUUCUAGUUGAGCUAAUUAAGUGUCACAAGCCUACUUGA